AUGGCUUCUCCGGCACUGUCAUCACCGUGGCACCCAACUUUCAGUCGACUCAUUUCCCUUCCUCUCGUCACUUCGCCCCCACAUAACACUGCCCCAGUAACAUUGCUGCAGUGGAGAAGAGACGCGAGUUCCUCGAGUGGCAUGUAUGAUCAGUCUUGGAGGACCCCAGGUCCUAUGCCGCCCGCAGCACUAGUUGGUUUUACUUCGUUAGGCGUUGGCGUGACGAUUGUUGCUAGCUAUGAAGUUCACCACUACCAGCAGUGGUCUUCCGGCGAAAAUGGGAUAUUUUCCUCCGACGCUUCUUGGCUGUCAGACCCAGAAGACACAAUAACCAGUCGGACAGCAGCAAUUCUCGUUGAUGUCGUUGAUCUAGGUACGACAAGGCCAGUCGCAAACGCACGAAUCGAAAUUCUCAGGGGUUCAUUGUCGUUGGCGCCAACAGAAAAUAAAGAUACUACCAAACGAGCCCACGACGGUGUUUCACGUUCGCCUUCCUCUGGUGACCAUCGCAGUGCAGAGGAGGACGGCGCCAGCAACAGCGCUUUCUGGUUCACAGAUGAUAAAGGAUUUGUUCGCAUUCCUCUACCUCCAAGUGUGCAUCCUUUCGAUCCGCUGUAUGUUGUGGUAACAGCCAGUAGACAUACGUGGCCGACCCAUCCAGUAGGCGAACGGGGACGCAGCCUAAAAUCGACGCCAACAAGUGAUUUGUUUUCUCCCUUGCAAGAUGAAGCGGCACUUGAUGGACAAAGCCAAACAGGAAAUGUAAAAAGAGGAGAGGGUAUUGGGGGGAAUGGACUACACAAGCUUUCGUCAAAUGGCGGAUCUUCUUCCCCGUCUGGGAUAUCCACCUAUACUUCGUCAGACAAAGAGAAGAAUUUCAGGGGGAAUGACCCCAUCGAACGGCAUCACAACAAAGAUCAAAGAGGAAGCCCGAAGCAGUCAUCAAACGUCCGGCGUGGCAUUAACGGCCAUGCUUACGUUGGGGGUCCAUACUUCAUUCCUGGAAACCCUGGGCAACAAAGGAUUGAGAUUGAAGAUGCCGCGAGACGGCGAGCGGGACUCUUCUUCCACAGAAGCAAAGUUCAGGAAACCAUAGAUGGAACUAUAUCUCCAAAACGGUUUGACGAUGUUUCUGCCAAGUUAGCUCGUUUUUCAUACGAGAGACAACAGAUGGAAGCUGUGCUGUUCAGCGACAAGCUUGUCUAUGCUCCAGGAGAAACACUGACCAUGAUUGGUUUCAUUUCCGUGACCGGGGCAGAUGCUUGCAGGAUGUCACGAGACGUGAAGAGUUCAGGAGAGAAAAGAAACGAAAAUGAAGAGAAAGGCAAUAUCAAGACGGAACCGUUAUGCUUGCCUCACUGGAGUCUGGGACUGGACUUCGCAACCGGGCGGAACACGGAAGGAAAGAGUGUUCAAGAGGCGAAGACAAUAGGAAACAACAGGUCUGACAAAGAGCGAGAGGCGAGGCUCUCACACACCGCUAUCAAUGAACGUUUCUUUUCGAACGAUCUGUAUGUUCUUCUCACCUUUCGGUGGUCCGAGGAGGAGAGCCGCUACCCGCUCAGGAAGACUACAACAGCCUUUCCACGGAAACAACCCUCGACGCGGUCAUCUGCUUCCCCUGAUACCUCGACUAGUGGACGAGCAACAGGUGGGAAAGAAACCGAAUCCCAAGCAGUGUCAGAAAUGCCCCCUUCAUGCGUAGCUGCACUGUCGGCAAGGACUGUCGUGUUUGAUUCCACACAGUACCUAGUGACACGAAACAGCAGGCAGCAGGCAACAGGCGUUGUCAUGCCUCUGAUAGGAUACAGUGACAUCGGUGCAAACCUGUUAUCGUUGUCUGCAGCAAGUGUCCACCAGUCUACGGCGGGGAACGAGCUGGAGGAAGAGGCCGUGGUCAGCUACAGACGGCCGGACGAGGAGGGCAUCCGCCACACGGGGAACACCGAGGCGUUUUCAGACGUUGAUCAUGUAUGUUCCGAGUUCCUCGUUCCUCUAAGCGAACAUGGAUCGUUCUCGGUUCAAUUUCGAAUUCCCAGGAGCGCGACGCAGCGUAUUUUGAAGACGCCCGCGGUUCGCAUAGUGUCGCUGUCAGCUGCUCUAGAACUGAAAAAAGACGAGGAUAUUCACAUGAGGAAUUACAUCCGCAUACAUGAUUCAUCGCCUAAUCUUUUUUCAAGCAUUUCUAGAGGUCGCAAAGAAGCUUCUAAUUUCGUUAGGCAGUUAUCUGCCGCAGAAGAGUCCGGUGAGCCCCAAGGUGACGAUUCAGUGACAGUGACGGAGGAGAAAGUCAGUCCUCCGCUGCUGUGUGCUUUUGACAGUUCCGCAUCCUCGUUGCAUAUGGAAAGGAGAAAGAGAUCUGAUAUCAUCCCAGUGAAGGUUCGUUCCUUCUCACGUCCUGUACUCGCAUCUCCAAGACUUCCAUCGGUCCAGUUCGUCCCUCCUGUCCUCUUAGUGUCUCCUGUGGUCGCUCCGCAAGGAGAACUGGAGGCUCAAGGGACCAUACAGCGGAUCGGUGUUGAACUGAGAACUGGCAAGGAAGCGACAGGAAACAAUUAUUCAUCUUCCUCUCUGUUUUUACCUUCAAUCACUGUGACACUGUCACUCCGAAUACAGAGGAGAGACGUACGCCUGGGCGACGCUCUACCUUCGUUCCCGCAAGAGCCGCGUGCUCCUCUACAUCGCUCACCUGACUUCCCCCGUUCACCCGCCCCCAACGAAAUACCACCUCGUCGUUUCACUUCUACUGCCGAUUCUCAAGCCAAGGGUUCCUCGCCAGAUAAUUCCGACUUCGUGCGCAGUAGCCCCAGGGAGGCGUCAUCGAUUCAACCCGUGGAACAAACCUUCUACUUCGAUCCGUUUAUGCAGGUUGGGGGUAGGGAGCAAGAGGCUUCCGACCAGCAAGUUCAAUCGCUUGAUAACUCUACUUCACCACCUCAAAGCCUUGGCACAGGGACCACAGACAGACGAACUGGGCACGCAGCCACGAAAACUGGGCACACAUCUGGGUCGCAGAAGAACGCCGACAGCACAGAGUUUUCAGAAACACAUUCACCAGUUUGUACAGGCGGGUGUCGGUGUUUGCAGAAUGCCGCGGAAGACACCGAGUGGAGCCUUGUAACACUGCAGCCUGAAGCAAGGAUAUCAUUCGAAAACCACAAGAAAAGGUUGGAAGCAACACCCGAAGAAGUGAACCAUCAUUAUCGGAACAAGAGCACAGGAUUUGUGUGGAGUCAAGGGCUGCGUACUUGUCCUGAGGGCUCUGUGAAAAUGAGCGGAGGGAGGGGAAGUGUCGACAUUACUGACAUGGGGAACGCCUCAAAUGUGACCCUGAUUCAGUCCUGUCGUGCGAUACCGCUUCGAAGUGAAGCUGCAGAAGGUAGCAAGAUCACGGCUACUAAAAAUUGGGAGAGAUCUUGCGUCAUGUCUACUCCCGUUGAUUCUUACCCGUAUCUCCUUGUGACAGAGUUGUGCGUAGGGGAAGCCCCAUCGGUCGAAAAUACGGGGAAAACACAUACUGAUGAAGGAGACGGGGAACAAGAAGACGGCUGCGACCACAGCUCAGGCAGUAGUAGGGACGAAAAAGAAAAAGGGUCAGACGGAGCAGUUUCACGCGAGAAACUCCCGGUCCUAUGCGAGAAGAAGGCGAACAGAAGAAACGUGCUACGACAAGAACAAGGUAAAGUUGUUGUGCCUCCGCGGACUGGAGUAAGAGAGUGGGGAUGCUACGUUGACUGCGUUGUUCUACAAGCUACGGAGAAGACCCUUGAUACGCGGAAAGUUACAGUCAUGGUGCAUACCGACAAAACCCACUACGACGUGGGAGAAGAAGUAAUACUAUCACUUCGUAAUCCUUUUGGACCCUAUUCCUCCAUAGCUCCACGGAGUAGAGAGACAUUCUCUGCACAAACGCUCGUGGAAGCAACUUCUGCAUCUGAGACAAGACCAAGUGGCGACAGCGAGUCUCCUCUUGAAGAAACUUCCGAGCCAAAGGGGCGAAACCCGGAGAAUUUGACUAAUUUAUCGAAAUGCGCAGUCUCUCUCGCCAAUGCCUUGGGAGGAGGAGAACAGGUGGAGAUUCCCUCCGUGGGGACAGAGCAACAAUCUGAAACAAGUGACCGGCUUUUCUGCAAUGUGAAGGCGACCUUCAUCACUGACAUAGGAAAAAGUGAUGGAGACUCAACUGCAGAAGAAGCCAGCAACUUGGAUGCAGCAGUCGAGGUAGAUCCUUCACCCUUGUUAUCCGUCAGCCAUUGUCUGAACACCAGAGAGCACAAUGCGCCAACGGACGGCUGCCUUCUUUUGUCUGCCACAAGCCAGCAAGUGGGCAUCCCAGAUAACAGAUCACCUCCGUCAAAUACCCCAACUAUAGAAGGCUGGAAUUGGAGCGCUCGGCUAAGCAUUAGUUGGCUGACAAAGAGUGCCACUACAAUUAGCCACAGAGUACCUCUUGCCGAUAAUCGAAAAACAAUAUUCAGACUCCGCGAAGACACAGACGCAACCAGAACACCGAAAAAGGAUACAGAAGCGUGCAGUGAGUCCGGAAAACCGAAAGUGAGCGUAGGUGUAGGGUCAUUCGUUGACACCGGCCUCACUGGAAGAAAACGAACGGAAGCCGAAACCGCUGCAAAAGCUGCGCAGGCAGCUGGACUGAUCACUGUGUCAGCCGGAACAGUUCCUUUUGAAUGCAGAUACACGGCAACGUGCAAACUUCGUCUGGUCUUGCUCCCGCCCUUAUCGCAAGAAAGGUUACCAUUAGCAGGACUGGAGCUUAAUACGAAUUACUGGUCUGAGAAUUUCACAGACGCACAGGCAAGCGAUGAAACACGUGGAUCAGAAGCACAGAAAAAAGAUUCCCGGCCCGAUGAAAACAGAUCGAAAGACCGGUAUCAUCAAGAAACAAUAUAUCCGAACGCAGAAGCCCCGAUCGCCACCGUCAUCGACGAAGGAAACCACUCGAAGGAGCGACGGGAAAACUGGCUUGUCCCAGAAUUCGGACCGUUCUUUAUUGACCAGGAGAUAUAUAUAAAUGUAAAGGUCGCUCGCAGUUCCUCUAUCCAGCUUCCAUCAGGUGUCCUUAAAGUAACGGUUGCUCGAGGAGGCGACGAUUCGGACACAGAGAGGAAAAGCAAGGAGACAAAACACGGAGAGAAGAAACAGCGAAUGAUGCCGGGGCCAGUAGUAGAUGGUUUAAAUAAAACCAUGAAUCAAAGCAGUGGAUUAGCGCCUCAGAAGUACCAGGGGAAGCAUACCACUGUUGUUAUAUCAGUGAGUGUGGAUUUUAAUAUAUUAUUGAAGGAAGAGCGAAAAUCCGCAAGCAUUGAUCGUACGGAGAGUCCUGCAGUCUCAAAUGAUGCUGUCUCACCGGCUGCACGACCGGAAGACAUCGUACCACAUACGAUUGAGUGUGCGAAUACCCAGUACAACACGACCCUGUCAACCCCCGUGAUACUCCCGCAGGAGAGUGAUGAUGUAGCAGGUCGUACUCAUGAUUUUGGUCUUCCAACCAAAGUCGAUGGUCAUCCUGAUCAAGUGCGAGCAUCCAAGGGCCCUUUAAGAUCCACAAUUGAUAGCAAAACGCCCUGCAGUGUAAGUCACGUAGGCAGAGAAUACGCGGCAACAAUUUACCUGAUCUUGACCGAUCAACGGCUGACGCAUCUACGCGGACCGGGUGAUAGGGUCGCAAACGGCACACUCUACUCUCCUGCAAAGAUUUUCUCGCGCGCACACAAAACAAGUGUUCGAUCUAGCCUGGACGUUCGGGCACACACGUCCUCAUCAUCCUAUCACAACGUACAUGACCUCGCCUCUUACAGCGGCCAUCUAUUAACAUCUGAGGCUCUUCAUUCGCGACUGCAGUUCGAUCCAUGGAUCGGAUACACGAUUUGGCCUCUGCGCCCCUCCGACUAUUUCGAUUCCGACGUAAGCUGUGGCCUGCUUACGUGCAUGAGAGACAAAUAUAGCAGCUCUCUGACAAGCGGUGGAAUGUCGGGUAAGCCUGUGAGCAAACGAGAUCGUUUCCCUUCUCCCCAAACUUGGAAUUUUGACAGGUCCACCUCCUGGUUAAAUUCGGCGCGAAGUGGAAGAGAAACUGUCCCCGAAGAACGCAGCACGCCCAGAGACUGGCAAGCAGAUAUCGGUGUCACAAAAGCAACUGCUCAGCAGACAGCCUCAUCUGAGGCAGAUUACCUUUAUGACAAUGUGACUGUCGACGAAAUAGAUGAAGCAGAAUUAGCAAAACUUCUCACAUAUGAGAGUAGACAUGCGUCUGUCGUCCGACUCUACAAAGUAACAAUGCAUGAGCAAACGCCAACGGGGUCAAUGGAAGGGUCAUCUGGGAAUCGAGUGGAUGGUGGUGCAGAAGAAAUGUCCAUGGUAAAGACGGCAUCACUUAAGUUAACUCUCCCUGUUUCUGAAACGGCGGCUUAUGUCGUGAGUGCGUUCGCCGUUGUUGUUAAGAAAGACAGAACCCCUGUCGCAGCUGCCGCGUUUCCUAUAGUGACUUCUGAAGGAGAUGUGCAAAACUGGUCUCGUGACGAAACAUCUGACCGCAUCCAGGAACGGGGCAAAAGCGCUGUCCUGCAUUCUCAGGAAGUAUGGUAUGAUUAUCAGCAGGCUUUCCUUGAGGAAAACAUACUAACGGCGCCUGACUCGAUCAUUCACCUCAGUAACGGGUUUCCUCCAUUCUUGCGACACGGAGACGUGGCCUACGUCCAUUUCGGAUCCGACACCAUGUUCUGUUCGGACUGCCCUGCGAGUGUGGCAAAAUGUGCACGCAACUGCGCGCCAGCGGACAUCAAACUUGAAGCCGCUCUCCCCCCCACAUCCAAUAGAACUUUUUGGUGCUGGAACGCUUUUCCUGACUCGGUUCUCGAAGUAACUCACUACUUCGAGACAAACGACUCUGAACAAGACCAGAGGAAGGGACUUCGUUCGUCCAUACCGCCAACAAAACAGCAGAAGAACGAAGACAAAACAGAGCUGUAUACGUCAACCGAAAGAAGUUUUAAUGGCAUGUCAUGCAGCCAGAGACUUCGAAUUCGCGUGAACGACAACGUUGCUAGGGGCGGACAAUCGGGAUCUGUUCAAGAGUCUGUUAUUGCUUUCUUGAAAUUUCGGAAAGCCGGACGUUGCACCAAGCUGUCAAAAGAAAGCGAGUGGGAAGGCGCUGUUGAUAGUGUCGAAGCAACGUUGAAAAGCCGUUCCCUCGAUACCAAGGGGCCCCUUUCCGCGUACUGUACAGGGAACGUCACAGCAUCUGUGAGGAUACCAGUGCUGCCGUCCGAGUUCCCAACCUUUAUUAGAAAAAUUCACUUGCUGUUCCCUCACACUGAAAACGCUUCAACCAGUCUCGUGGAGGCAUCGAUCAAUUCAUCUCUAACAAAUCUGGUGACCGAUACAGCGGAAGGAGGCGAGCAUGUCGACAUCAGCAGUCUACGCUACUCUUCUCAGCUGCUGGUGUCGGAGGAGGCUCAGGAAAAAAGCUCUAAACCGAAUACAUCACGUGCAAGUUUCACCAGUGUCAAUCACAUUCUGAGAAGUGGCGAUGUACGAGCACCAGAGGAGGCUUCUGCUUUGCACAAAAAACAGCAGCAGCCAACCCCAGUGGAGCCGGAGGUGUCACAUCUGGAGGGGCGGAGAAAUGCGAUGGCCGGACACGACGAAACAUUGGCGGGUCACAAGGUGAAGGAUGCUAUGAAUGAGGGCACACCCUCGUCCGUGACACGAUCUACUGCUCUCGAUAUUCCUUUUUCACCUCUUUCCCAACAGCAAAUGGAGCGGAAUGAGGCAGUCGACAACACUAACGCGGAACCCGCAGGAGUUCCUGGUCCACGCACAGGCAAUCAUCAGCACACUGCUGGAGAGCCUGCGACCACGACUUUGGAGGACUUCUUUUAUGUGCCCGGAGCCCUGGACCUUGAUGAGGGAGGUUUCUCGAUUGAGGCACGAAUGGGCUUCGUUGCUGCUAUCGAGCGACGUGUGCUGCAGUUAAUUUAUAUGCACAAGUCAACGCUUCUGUAUUGCGAAAAUUCCUUCCUGAGGCUGUCUCCUACAACCUCGCAACAGGCAGACGUGGGUGGUCUGAACGAAUCCGAGCGUCUCAUGCGCUCAUCCGAGACCCUAUCUUGUGACGCUCCUGAGAGUAACGUCACCGUCUGUAAAGGUGCCUACGAAUCAGUGGACGAUCAAGGUAAAACCCGAGUCCCGUCUCUCAGUAUCGGUGACGGUCAUCAAACAUUUCGGGGAGAGAGCCCUCUGCCAGCAGCUGAGGUCGUCCAGGAGAAGCUGGAAGACCUUCCGAACUCCUCUGUUCUACUGAGCAUUAUCCUUGCUGAGAAGAUUCUCUCCUCAUUCGAUGGCAAAUGCAACAGUGUAGGGGUGGUCAAAAGUAGGACCCUUUCCUCAGACACUUUUGCAGGACCCUUGUCGUCUGCGGGGAGUCUCGAGGCACACACAAACACAGAUUUUUCAACAGCUCAGGCCGCACCCUCAUCAUCUCAGAACAGUGGUGAGCACAUCACAUGUACAGCCAGCAUCAUGAACAUGCGAGCUGCCAUCCGCACAGCGAGUCAGGCAGCCGUACACUUGCUUCCCCUCUACGUCCCCACCGAAACCGCCUCUGGACUCUCAGAUGAGGUAUCUGCUUCCUCAAACAAUGCAUUUCGAAAGUUUGGCCUUCUUGAGCGUCCUAUAAAACAAUAUUUUACGGUAAAAACAGGCGCCUCGAAUCCCGUGGGUAGUCAGGUGCUGAAGGAUUUCGCUCCUAAGGACCCCGACCUCUCUCUUCUUCUUCACGCAGCGCGUGUUUUUAGAAUUAUCAAGAGAAAGGAUUCGGAACAGCCGGCACUCAGCACACAGAGUAGUGGACAGGAAACCAUACGUCGGGUUGAGAAGGCUGUGCAUCAAGCUAUUAACAAUUAUAUGCACGCUCGUACGGUCGAAUGGGCGAAACGCAAGACACAGAGCCCGCUCGACGUGCAAAGCGGUAACCGUAGUCUAAGUCUUGUUGACUGGAUCGGCCUUGACCUACUGGCUGAGGUGCGUUUUUCACUGAAUGCAACGCAUUCGUUUGGACUUUCAGAGGAAAAUGAGUGUCUGCUUGGGUUUGAGAAUAUCUUCCUGAAUGCCGUACAAAGUAGAACACUCCUAAGUGUUUCUGAGAUGAAGGAAGGGGAUCAGUCUAAUGGUACCCUUCUUGAACUUCCGGCUCUUCUUCUUGCGGCUGCUCCAGCAAGCGCGCUUCCGAAUGGCGAUGACCCUAACGCCGGGGACCACGAUGCAGCUCCCUGCGGGGGACGCCAUUUAACAGGACAGAGACAUAUGACCCUGGAAUUCAACGAACAUGCUGUCCCACUUAUUCGUUCCACUUCUGAACCUAUAGUCCCUUCCUCUACUUGGCAAGAAACGACCAUCUAUUCUCCUUUGUCUAUGGACAGGUUGCGAGCAAGGAUAAUCGAAGAAUCCCUCAGGCGGUUGGUAUUUUCCCGGGACGGGAUGUACGUGACAGUCGCAACAACGGAAAGGGUAGGCCCGUUUCCACGCAGUGUUCUUCCACUGAGGUCGCAUGCCUUACUUCUUCGUCUUUGGUGUCGCGAAGAUUCAUUCUGGCAACUACCCCGAUCACGUCUUCUGUGGUACAUGGCAAACUCAGUAGCGGACAGUGACAACGCCGGACCUUUAUUGGCUAGACAAUCGUACCAGAGGAAUCUGGGCAGAAACAGCAUUUCUGGAGAUGAGAAUCUGUUCAUUGCCGUAUCUGAAGAAAAAGACCUUAGCAUUGUUCUAGAAGCUCUUGAUCUCCUUCACGAGCGCCUCAGUCCCCGCAGAAUCAGGUCCGAGCCUGUGAACAUCCAGUUGACAAUCAGGGCGAUGCCGUCAUCUUCCUCGUCUCCACUACAUGAGAAAAUGCGCAAGAGUCCUUCUCGAGACGAAAAUCAGGUUGAUAUGAAAUUCGCACAUUCCCCUUUCCUCUCGGGGCAUCGGGAAUAUCCAUCUCCGACAGCAGAUAAAAAGGUUCCUCCGUUUUUCACAUCCUUGAACGUGACAUUGUGCGGAACGAAUGGACAUGGGUUACGAGCUCUGUCGCGGCGGGACAUCUCCUGGAGAGAACUCAUGGACUGGCGUGAAGGCAUUUCCCUUCGCGUAGGAAAUAUGUCGGCAACACAGGCUACUGAGAGAAGCAUAAAUACGACUAAUACGUAUACAAUGUACUGGAUGCAGUCUGUGGUUUCUGGACCUGCAGUGGGUCUCGCCGUAUUCCUGUCAGCUGUGUACAGGCCCCUCCACCACAUGCAGGAAGCACACGCGUCUCAUCCAGUUGGUACUUCCGUCUCCGGCUCUUCUGCAUCGGACUCUAACUCAUAUCAAAAAAUAAAUCGAUUCUGGAGAGUUUUUGACCGCCACGACCUUAGAUGCGCAGGUGCUCUUCGAUCCUUUAAUGAGAAGGAGCUCGAAGGAGCAGAUGGCAGCGAUUUCCUCCAGAAAGGAUACAAGCGAAUCCACGCACGGCAAUAUAUAUGCAUAUCUAUUGCUCUGGAACUGGACGCGACGGUUCAGUAA